UUUCAUCGCCGCGAAGAUUUCGAGCCAAAGUCCUGAGCCCCACGAUGCUGCAGGUGCUGUGGAAAGAACCGAAAGGAGAGUUUGAGAGCUACAAAGUCGUUUACACCACACGACCAGGUGGACAGAAGGAGGAAGUUCAGGUAUCGAAACAGGAAGCGAAGCUGCUCAUCGAGGACUUUGACCCGUCUAAAGAAUACGACUUUAAAAUCGUUGCGGUCAGUGGAGGACGUGAGAGCAAACCUCUUCAGGCCAAACAUGAAGCUCAGCGAUCAGGCAUCGAGGUGGUUCAGUCCCAACGGAGACCAGACGCCGGAGUCACGGAGGAGAACAACGAGAUCUCGGAAGGUAAGACGCUCGGCGGGUUAACGGGAGACAAACCAGGCGACCGGAAAAGAUCGAUGCACCCGUCUGAGUCUGGAUUCACGACCUCGUCUGUGUAACGACAGCAGAAGAAGAAGAAGAAGAAUUGAAAUGUCCCAGGAAGACGACCUGUAAUCCUCCGCUCUGAGACGACGCACGUUUUAAAUGUUUCAUGAAAGCAUUAAAAGAAGACGGCUCAGUAGAACCAGGUAAGAUGAAGAGGCCUCAGGUUCACUGAGGAACCAGCUGGAUUCACCUCGUA